AUGGCUUCUAUAUCGCGUGUAAUACUGGGGCUCCUCCUAUUUUGGAUGUUCAUCCUCAUGUAUAUGAGCUCAACAUUGUUUCAAUCAAAUGACUUCACCGAGCGGACAGAAAGACAGCUGGCAAAAGCAAUAGAAGAACUUGGAGCACUAAAAAAUCAAAACAACGAAUUGAAAAAUUUGGCAACAGAGUUACAGGGUAUUCAGUCAAAAGUCCCUUCUGGAAAAGGUCAUAAUUCUGCAUUGGUGAAACUGCAGAAUCAACUGAAGGAAGCAAAUGAUGAGCUAGACAGGUUAAAUAAACAUAAAGAUGGUGUGAACAUAAAUAUGAAUCAACCAGGAAACACAGAUGGACCAACUUUGGAACAUGAAAAAUUACGUCGUAAAAUUGAAAAUGGUGUCACAGAAAUAUGGUAUUAUGUGAAAUCUCAACUACAGAAAACCAAAAAGAAAUCCGAUAAUAGUGCAGUGAAAGAAAGCAUCGAUGAAAUCCUCCAAGAUGGCACAAUACAACAGAGGUCUAUACUUACUGAUCUCCUUGAGUUAAGUGAGGAGGGAGAAACAGACAAGUGGCGCCAAAGAGAGGCUGACGAGUUGAGUGAAAUUGUCCAAAAUCGUCUCCACUACUUACAGGCUUCACAGAACCCAUCAGACUGUGAAUCAGCGAAGAAACUUGUGUGUAACAUCAACAAGGGAUGUGGGUACGGGUGCCAGCUACAUCAUGUCGUCUAUUGUUUCAUCAUCGCCUAUGGGACAGGACGUACACUUAUUCUCGACUCUACAGGAUGGAGGUACAACCCUCAAGGUUGGGAGGCAGUCUUUAAACCAGUCUCAGAUACAUGCACAGAAAGAGGAUUCAAGUCACCUACGCCUUGGGGAGGAGAUGAGAAUCGUUUGAAAGAUGUCCAGGUCGUCAGCUUGCCAAUAGUUGACAGUUUACACCCUCGUCCUGCUUAUAUGCCUCUUGCUAUCCCAGAGGACCUUGCCCCGAGGCUCAUCCGUCUCCAUGGUAACCCAUUUGUGUGGUGGGUAGGGCAAUUUAUGAAGUAUUUAUUGCGGCCACAGGCGUCACUCGCUGAAGAUAUGGCUGAAACCAAAGAUAAACUGGGCUUUGAGAGCCCCAUAGUAGGUGUCCAUGUACGUAGAACAGACAAGGUGGGCACUGAAGCAGCAUUCCAUUCAAUAGAUGAAUAUAUGGUCCAUGUAGAGGAAUACUACGCGCGUCUCGCUAGGAGACAAACUGUACAUAGAAAAAGAGUAUAUUUAGCCACCGAUGAACCUAAUUUAUUAGCAGAAGCUAAACAAAAAUACCCCAGCUAUGUGUUCAUAAGUGACACUGGGAUUUCACAAACUGCUGGUCUUAACAGUCGCUACUCAAGCUCAUCACUGCGUGGUGUUAUUUUAGACAUCCACUUCUUGUCUCUCACAGAUCAUCUAGUCUGUACUUUCUCUUCACAGGUAUGUCGAGUAGCAUAUGAAAUUAUGCAACAUCUUCAUCCUGAUGCUUCAUCCCACUUUAACUCACUAGAUGAUAUAUAUUAUUAUGGUGGCCAAAAUGCUCACAACUUACGUGCAAUUUAUGAACAUAGUCCUAAAUCUAUGCAAGAGAUAGGUUUCGAGCCAGGUGAUGUCAUUGGAAUGGCAGGAAACCACUGGAACGGUUUCUCAAUGGGCUCAAAUCGUCAAAAUUCAAAAUCUGGGUUAUUCCCAUCAUAUAAAGUUGAAGAAAUAUAUAAUAUUGUAAAAUUUCCUACUUAUUCAGAAGCAGAUAAAAAGGGUAAAAGGUGAAAUGAGUUACAACUAGUGAAACAGUAAAAGCAAUAGAUCAGAUCUUCUUUAUUGCUUUUAAUUUUAAUUCAGUUUUAUUUUAUAAAUGAGUAAAGAUCCUCUUUGAUAAAUAUCAACAUUUCUGCUAUUCUCCAGUGGCAUAAAUAAGAUAUUGUUGUCAAUAAGUUUUUAGAUUUACUUUUUAGUUUACUAUGAAUCUAUGGAAGAUCUCUAUGAAAUCCGUAUAGUUGUACUGAGCAUUUAUGUUUUUCAGUAACUUU